AUGGGUAAAAAGUAUUUAGAUAGUUUGCACCCUUCCGAAAAAAAUAUAGUAUACAAAUUAUUCUCAGUAGCAUUAUUACAAUUUUAAGUUCAUGUUUAAUAUAUGUCUAUUCGAAACCUUUAAAUACAAGACACUACAAUAGUUUUAAAUGCACAAACAAAAUUUGACAGAAAAAAUUCUGAACUUUUUUACAUUCAAACCAUGAAUUCCAUAAUCAUUCCAGAUACUUUGCCGGAAUUAUUAAAAAAAUAUGUGAAAGCAGCAAUCAGAUCUCAACCAGAAGACAUAUUAAGUUGGUCUGCAGAAUAUUUUAAAACCACAGACGAACAAUAUACUUCAAUCAAUACAUGCAAAAAUAAUACUUCAUUCAAACCAGAUCGAACUAUAUUUAGAAUAUUAGCGUUUCAAUUAGGCACAACAUUAGGCACUAAAGAAAGGAUAGAAGAAGUAUGGUCAGAUUUAUCAUUGGAUUUCAUUUUAUUGGAACAUAUUUAUAGCAUUGGAAAAUUUAAUUCUGAACACGUGGAUAUGGUAGAAUUUUUGGGUGUUACAUUUGGACAUUGGACAAAAUCACUCAAAGAAACCAUGUUGUUGUGCUGCGAAGCGUUUUGUAAGUGUUUAGCCACCAACGGAUACUUUUUGAACGUGGACGUUGCGUGUAAGCUGUACGAGUUUCUAGCGAAACUAGAUUGUUCACUCCCAGUCGCAGACCUCGGCGGUGAUGGCAAAGACGGUGUAGAUGACCGAAUUAUCAACGAAGAUAACAACAACAACAAAAAUAACAAAAACAACACUGAAAAACCAGAUGCUGCAGUAACGAUCGCGUUGAAGACCAGCAAAUCAUUGGACGUUUCGUAUCCGACUUCCCUCACACCGUUGACUGAAAACAAACUAAAACGUAAUGCCGGAGCGUCCCUGGAAUCAAUAUUUGUCCCUGCAGUGACGGCGAACAUGGUCGAUAACGAUUUCUGUUACCACGGCAGUACCGGACACUAUGUACAAGGUAUCGGGCCUUGCGUUUCCGACGCACAAGUGCAAAAAGUGAUCGAUUAUUUUCGAAAAUGUGCGGCCGAUAACGGUGGUUACGUGUAUGAUUUCGACAUCGAAAACUAUCGUUGUCCUCAAUUAGACGCUAUUAACGUAGACAAAUAAUAGCGACUACAAUUUAUAUAUAUAUCGCUGCACCCAUGUCGAUGACGCAUAUGUUCUUUCGAUCAGAGUUCAAAUUCUUCAGUCUUAUAGUAACUAAAGGAUAAUUGUACGUGCACGUGCAGUGUAGAUUUGUUGAAAAUACGGACUAACAACCCAUAAAUUAUAUACGUGCAAGAAUCCAUAGUAUAUACUUUUUACAACACACUGUACCCGCCCUUAACAGAUAACAAUAUCAUACCUAUUCGUUGCUUCGUAUUUACUGAUGUAUAGGUAUGCAGUUCAAUUUCGUCUUAGAAUAUAAAACAAUAUCAUAAUAAAUCGCUAGGACGUUCUAUGGACCAAUUAGUUAUAACAUACAUAGUCCAAAUGCUAUAUUGUAAAUGUGUAUUACAUACUAUUAUUCGUGUAUUUUAUUUGUAACAAUAACUUAGAGGUAAACAAUAAAUAUACAAAGAAUCUUAGAGUAUAA